AUUUUUUAAUUUUUUAUGAGAGCAACUUAAGAUAAAUACGAACACGUCAGAAGUGAAUAAGCAUAAGCUCCAAUUAAUGAAAUCAGAGUAUCAGCCAAACGUCUUGAUGGCUCAUACAUCAAAAGAGCUAUUGAAUUGUUGCUCGGCACAUAAGAAAUCCAAAAAUAAGACUUUGUUUUGAUUAAAGGAAUUGAAAAUGCCAUUUCAAAAGUAUUAGUGAUCAGUGAAAUUGUUAGAAGAAGAGUUGCUGGAUUAUAUCAAGUAUAUAAUCCAAUUAAUAACUAAGAUUAAUUAAAUUGGUGCUACUUAAAUUGUGGACAAAUAUGUACCAACCGAGGAAGGAUUAGUUGAAGUUAAUAUCACUAAAUAAUUGUCUAUUUUAACUGUUAAAUUGACAACAAAACCAACAGAAGAAGAUAAAAAGUCUGUUGGAUUCUAAGAACCUCUUCCUGAAUCUGAAGUUGUACCAUAAAGAUAAAGAGAAUGUACAUUAAAAAUUAAAUAAUUAGAAGGAGAAAAAAGAGAGAGAAAUACAAGAUAAAACAGAGGAGCUCCAAGAGAUGAUAAUAGAGGUCAAGAUAGAAGAGAUAACAGAGAAAGAAGAGACAAUAGAGAUAAUAGAGAUAAUAGAGAUAAUAGAGAUAAUAGGGAUAAUAGGGAUAGAAGAGACAACAGAGACAAUAGAGACAAUAGAGACAACAGAGACAAUAGAGACAGAAGAGAUAACAGAGAACAUAGAGAUAACAGAGAACAUAGAGAUAAUAGAGAACAUAGAGAUAAUAGAGAAAAUAGAGACAAUAGAGACAAUAGAGAUAAUAGAGAUAAUAGAGACAAUAGAGAUAGAAGAGAUAAUAGAGACAAUAGAGACAAUAAUAGACAAAACAAUACAAGAAAUACCAAUACAAGAGAAUAAGAAAAGAAAUAAUGAGACCUAUAUGAUCUGUUUAAGUAAUACAAUAUCAAUUAAAC